UCCUAACGAUUCCAAACCAAAAUGGCCAUACUUCACUCAUGACCCAUAUCGGUUGUUUAUCACUGAUCACUUGCUAAAAUGAUCAUGUACUGGUUUCUCAUCAUCAUUCUCGUAAUAUGUUCUUAUGCUUCAACCUCAACCUCUGCAAACUCAGGAGGAAGAGUGGAGUAUCUUCCAGGUUUCCAAGGGCCCCUCCCUUUUUAUCUUGAAACUGGUUAUGUGGGUGUGGAUGAGAAUGAAGAUGCACAACUUUUUUACUACUUCAUUCGGUCCGAGUCGAAUCCCGACGAUGAUCCUCUCAUGCUUUGGAUUACCGGUGGUCCCGGGUGUUCUUCCAUCUCCGGCCUGCUAUAUGAGAUUGGUCCGAUUCAGUUUGAGGCUGUGCGCUACAAUGGAAGCUUGCCCACCUUGAUUUCGACACCGUAUUCGUGGACAAAGAUGGCAAGUAUAAUUUUCCUAGAUAUUCCUGUUGGUACUGGUUUUUCAUAUGCAAGAACCAAAUGGGCCUCGCGAUCCACGGACACCCUACUUAGUGUCCAUGCCCAUGAAUUUAUGAGAAAGUGGUUUGAAAGUCACCCGGAGUUCGUUUCUAAUGCAUUUUAUGUUGGAGGAGAUUCCUAUUCUGGAAUCCCAGUCCCAAUAAUCACACAACUCAUAUCAGAUGGCAAUGAAGCUGGCAAUGUGCCUUACAUCAAUCUAAAGGGAUAUGUUCUUGGCAACCCUGCAACUUUUCCAGGAGAAAUUAAUUACCGAAUUCUUUUUGCUAAUGGUAUGGGACUUAUAUCAGAGGAACUCUACAAGUCAUUGUUCCAAACGUGUCGUGGAGAGUAUCGAGCAGAGUAUGUAGGCACAAGCAACAUAGGAUGUCGUCAAAAUCUUGACUUCUACCAAGAGUGCAUAGAUGGGAUUGAAGAACCACAUAUUUUGGAACCUUAUUGCGGUAAUCCUAUGCUGCUCAUUAAACUACCCACUCGGAAGCUGCUUAACGAUCCUCUUUCUUCACCUAGCUGUCGUAAAGAUAGAACUCAACAAGCUUACUACUGGAUUAAUGAAGCCAGUGUUAGAGAAGCAUUGCAUAUUCGAAAGGGGAGCAUAAGAGAGUGGAUAAGAUGCAACCCAGAUUUGAACUUCACAAGAACAGUUUAUGAUGUUAGACCAUACCAUUUAAACCUCAGCAACAAAGGUUACCGUUCUCUCAUCUACAGCGGUGAUCAUGAUAUGGUCAUUCCUCACCAGUCAACUCAAGCAUGGAUAAAAGAAUUAAACUACUCUGUCAUCGAUCGAUGGCGAUCAUGGAAGCUUAAUGGACAAAUUGCUGGGUACACAGAGAGUUAUUCGAAUAAGAUGACCUUUGUCACUGUGAAGGGCGGUGGGCACACAGCCCCGGAGUACAAACCUAGAGAAAGUGUUGCCAUGUUCAAGAGAAACUUCACACGAGGAACUUGAUUGGUGCGGGUAAUUGCAAGGGUGGUCUCUACCGAAUGGGAAUGAUUGGGAAAGAAAGGAAAGCCAUGAUGACUACUAUUGAUACGUGGCACAAAAGGCUUGGACACGCUUCCGGUGACAAACUCUCUUAAAUUGAUUUUCUUAGUAAAUCUGUUUUCAAUAAAAGGUGGACUCUUGUUCAAGAGCAAAACAUACCAAACAACCUUUUCCUAUUGGUGGCAUUAAAACUCAUAGUUGUUUUGAGCUUUUACAUUAUGAUAUUUGG